AUGGCUAGACGUUCGUUAUUAUCUCCCUUCCCGUCGAGAUUUAGUCAUAUAUUCGAUGAUUUUCGAGAUUUCGAUUUUGAACGAUCCUUCCAUAGACCAUAUUGGCUCGAUGAUUCCCUCGAAAAUGCGCACAAUUUGGGUUCAUGUAUUGGAGAAGUUGAACGCCAAUUUCGACGUCGCUUUAAGUUACCUAAAGAUGCAAAACCAGAAUUAGUGACCAGCGAGUUGACAAAAGAUGGUAAACUGACCAUACGAACUCCAUUGAAAGAAAAAGAUUGCGCACAAACGAGAACAGUUCCAAUUUUGUAUAAAAAUUGA